GAUCAACGCCAAGCACCACGACCACGUAACAGCAAGAAGAAGCUCAGUGGGCCGCAAACACGCCAGACACCUCAGCUACUUGAAGACUCCUUGCAAUUCCAAGGUGAUCUUGUCUACCUUGCUCUCGAAACAUCGCGACCUCUAGCUUUGCAGCCUCCCUCAAUACACUGAUCAUGAGCGUAGCAGCAUUCGGGGACCAUCACGAUCCACACGAUGUGUCCUUUGAAUCCUUCAUCGACGCAGACGCAAUUGCCGAUCACAACGACAGUGCCGACCAGCAGCACGACGCUCAAUCGGAACCUGCUGCCAGUGUUCCGCCGGUAUCAGCUUCCCUGAGCACCGGUGCACCAAAUGCGAUGCACCUUCAUCACCACAUGCCGAUGUCCACUUCGCUGCCGAACACGCCAAAGAUGGCUUCGAGCUUUUCCUUCGGAGGCAGUGCAAUGGGCGGACACCACAACGAGUCAUCUCUCAAUCACCUCUCCUUCGAGUGGGAUGACAUGAAUGGCAACCACAACGGAGAAUCUCUGUCUCAUCAGGCCCUCUCUGCUAGCCUGCCAGGAGCAUCACAGCCAGACCUUCAUGGCAUGCCAGGUCUCGCUUAUGAUUCCACUAGCACUCCCAGUGAUGCUUCCAGCUGGUCUUCUGCUACAGGGCGGAGGUCUCUCGAUGACGUUGCGAUUCAUCCUAGCCAUUACUCCUCAGACGGCCCCACUACUGGCGGCGGCUUUGGGAUGAGCAGCAUGCACGGGCGAUCGGUGUCGUUGAAUCUCCAUGACCUGCCUCAUUCCUCGAUGGGCGAUGAUCUCAUUGCCCAGGCGCCACCUCAGUCUCGUGGACAGCAGCCCUUCAUCAAGAUGGAGCAGAACGACCACAUGCCUUUCGACGAUGCACACCUUCAAGGAAUUCAUCACACCGGAGUCUAUGAAGCCGCUGCCGCUGCUGCCACCGACCAGACAGCCGCUACGCCUCCGUCUGAAAAGAGGCGUAAGCUGGAACAGGAGGCUAACGCUGCAAAGAAGGAUGCCAGUACUGCGUCCAAGACUACCGCUGCCUCUAAGAAGGCAAGCAGCAAGCGUAAGCCUUCUCAGUCCGGUAGCGCUUCCGUCAAUGGCGCAGAGGAUCAAUCUGCCGACUGCAGCUCAGUGACAGGCGCAGACGAGUCCAACGCACAGUCAAAUGAUGACGAUGGCGAGCAGGACGAGUCCAAUGGUGCUGCGACCCGCAAGCCAGCAGCCAAGGGCAAAAAGCCCCCGCCUUCGGCCAGCCAGUUUACAGAGUCUGGCAAGCCCUUCCCGGUCAUCGAUACAUCGGCGGCACACUCAAGCUUGUUCGUACCACCCGACACAUCUGGUCUGACCAAGAGAGAAGCGCGACUCGUCAAGAAUCGAGCGGCAGCCUUCCUCUCCCGACAGCGCAAGCGCGAGCAAUUUGAGUUGCUUGAGAAGCAAUGCAAGAGCAUUUGUCGAUUGACGUGGAGGAUGUGGGAGACGAUUGCUGGACCUGGCGCAGACAUUGACGCGCUAGAGCAAACUGUCUUGCCUGCCAUUUUCGCUGAAGAAUCUCCCGACGUUCGUGACUGCUUGGAGCAAAUCGUCGCUGCCAAAGGCGCUUCCAUCGCUCCGACUGAGGAGAGCAUCGCCAAUGGUACUCACAGUAGCCGACAGGAGUCAUCGCCUCCUGCCGACAACAGAGCUUCUCCCUCCCGAGGGUGUGCUAAUGCAGGCCAUAAGAGAGAGCGAGAAGAGGAGAAGGGCAGUGGAGACAAGUCUUCCCAAUCAGCCACAAUAGAGAGUCUGAGGAGUGAGCUGGCAGCAGCUCACAAGCGGGAGACUCGUCUUCGGACGACUCUCGCGGAGGAGCGGACCCGCUGGGCCUCUACCAUGCCUUCGGCGGCUGCAGCUCCCUCGGACCUGGAUGGCUCUGCAGGCCAGAUCAUCCCACCCUUCUAUCCUAUGCAUCCGGGUGCAGGCGCAAAUGGUCUGUCCCACCUCAUCGAUCCUUCGUCUGCCUUUGCUCCAUCUUCGGAACGGGUUUUUCGUGAGGGGCGGUCAGCCGGAAGCGGUUUGUCCCUGACCAUUGCCCCUCAACUCACUGCCGCCGACGUCGAUGCUGCCAUCACUCCUCGUCCCGAUCGCUCCUCUAAGCGUGAAGGUCGCUCGGAUGACGGCGCAUCGCGAUAUGCACAUCGACAACAGCAUCAGCAGUCUCGCGACAUUUCCCGCGCUUCAUCACAGCCCUUGUCGAGCACAGUCUCCUCGCAAGGCUUUGCUCUCGCUCCCACUUCAGCAUCUGGCGUUCCGGCCUCCACGCGCCGGGCUACCAGCAGCAUGGCCCUCAUGGUCUUGCUCUUCGGCUUUGCCCUGUUUGGAUCCGGAAGUCUUCCAUCUGGUAGUGACAUGCCAAGGAUGGGUAUGACAAGACUGGCCCCGAUGAACGGCGCCUUCUCGUCCGUUGGCGGCCUUUUUGACCCUCUCGCGACGUCUAGUGGGCCAGACCCGCUCGGCUUUUUGCACCGCAAGAGGGAGGAAGAAGACGACGAGGAGAUGGACAUUGGCGAUGGCCGACCAUCUUCUCACCUCUCUGCCAGCGACCUAGCUCUGCACCUCCCGGCCAGUGUCGCGUCUCAGCUUGAUGACGUUGCGGAUCUUCUGCCCAUGUGCUCUCUGGACGACGUGUCCAGUGGAUCUGAAGAGGCGCGAAGGGCACUUCUCGAGCGACUUCAGCAGCGCGCAAGCCAGGGCCAAUGGAAGGGUCUGGAGGGCCAGCAGCAGAUGCAAAAUGCCUUCAUCCUUCUUGAUAAUGAGGAGGAAGCUGCUACAGGCGAUGGCCAAGCUGCCUCCGGUACUGGUACUCCCAGCGAGGCCAACACGGCGAUGAACGAUCGUACGAGUGCUCCUCGCAAGUUGAAGCUCUUCCUGGCCCAGACUCGUCAAGGAGGUGCCUUUGCCGAAACGGACCGAGCGAGCGAACGAGAUGUCUCUGCUAGCAGCAGCGGGCCCUCGACCGUUCCAUCCUCACCCACUGCAGUCGCAUCGCCAAGCAGCAGUCACUCUGAUGAUAUCUUCGAAGAUGCCGGUGUCAAAACGCCGACUAGUUCGAGCAGCGAGCUUCCCGCUACGCCUUCUCAGCGUAUAGGCAGCGGCAAGACCUUCCAAACUGACGACGAUGACGACUACGGCAUGUCGUUUCUUGAGCUGGAGUUCAGCUUGAGUGGAAAGAGAUUGGUCAAGAACGAGGCAGAGCUGGCCAAUCUAAUCAACAGGGCGGCUGCGCAGCACGUCGAUGGCCGAGCUAGCAAGGCAAAGUCACGAAACUAGACUCUCGCAUAACGUACGUAGGGGUGCAUGUCGCAUCGAAAGACUAGUACUGUAGGCAGGAGGGCAGCUGCAUCUACUCGCAGGAAACAGACGC